CAGCUGCGGCGACCACAGUAGCUUUAGCAGCUUCGAGUCAAGUUGUUGGCACCGCUCAUGACUGUGCUUUUUAGUUAGUCCAUGCACAUUAUACCCAUCUCUUCUGGCAAUUUUCCCAAAAAUAGUUAUUCUUUAACCAUCACUAAUAAUUUAUUUUUUUUUUCAAUCAACUUAACACUUUUUAUUGGCGCUGUCACGUGUAUAAUUUUUCUACAAUAUUAAAAAAAAUUCGAAAAGACUGGUGAUCCAAAGGCCAUUAAAAUAUUGAACCGAGCAACGAAAUAAUUGGGCGGUGGCCGCCGCCGCCGAUCGCUCCGGUCGUCCUUGUCGUGGACGAUGACGUACCAGGACAACUGGUGCACCGGGGCGGACCAUCGGGUGGCCAGUGCGUGUGCUGAUAGCGUGCGACGAGCGGGAAAACAGCGCAAACAGCAACGACCUCGCCGCCAGGGGCAACGACAGCGGCUGCAGCAACAGCUGAGGCAACAGCGGCGGCAGCGGCAGCAACAGCAGCAACUGCAGCAACUGCAGCAACGGUGAACGAUUGGGGGGCCACCGUGCAAUGGCGACGCCCCCCGACAGCCCGAUCAUCGAAGAGGCGACACUAAUCGAGCUCGAGGAACAGCUGAACAACACGUCUGCGUUUCCGCACCCUAGGCCCGUCGCCCUAGAGGACCUGUGCCGACAGACCAAGUUCACGAGACAAGAGAUCCGCAUCAUGUACAGGGGAUUUAAACAGAAAUGUCCAGAAGGAGUCGUGCACGAAGAUCUGUUCAAAGAUAUCUACUCCAAGUUUUUUCCACAUGGGAAUUCAAAUUUAUAUGCUCAUUUUGUGUUCAAAGCAUUUGAUGUCAAGAGCAAUGGUGCAAUUAGUUUUAAAGACAUGUUGAUGACUCUAUCCACUCUGCUUCGUGGGUCUAUUUAUGAGAAACUCAGGUGGACAUUUAAGCUGUACGAUCUAAACGGCGACGGAUGCAUAACGAGGUCGGAGCUCAGUCAAAUCGUGUUAGCCAUCCACGAGCUGAUGGGCAAAAGACCACAAGGUCGUGGUAGUACUAAAUCCAAAGAUCACACCGAUAUGGUUUUCCAAAAACUCGAUAUCAAUCAAGAUGGUGUGAUUACGUUUGAAGAAUUUAUUGAAUCAUGUUUAAAGGACGAGGCAAUCACAAAAUCAUUACAAGUUUUCGACUCCAGGUGCCUAUGAUUGUCGCUAUCCUCCACCGACUCCAUGGAAGUAUCACUUCUGUCAUUUGAUCAGUCUGCUGGUCAGUCGGAGGAGGAGCAAUGCAGCCAACUACGGCAAGCAGACAAAGAGUCUUCCCAAAACAAUGUUUUCUUUGAUUUCUAAUGUACAUAAUAAUAUAAUAUUAUUAUAAUGGCUGUAUCGGUUAAUAUUCGAGAAUACUCUUUCCGAAUGUAUUUGGCCGUUACGCUUCUAAUAUACUGAUGUGUUGGUUCAUUUUUGUUCUAUUUAAAGUGGUUUUUAUAUGGCGCCAUUAUAUUGCUCGGUCCGUCCUAUAUAUUGUUACCGUGUUAAACGUAGGUAAAUUGUACUACAUUAUACUACAUACCAAACAUUUAUGUCUCGAUCUUUGUAUAGAUUUAUUAUAAUAAUUGUUUAUUGUUGUUGACUAUCAAAAAUGGGUGGUUUGUUUUUGUUACCGCGUUGUAGGUUAUUCGAAAAUAUUAAGGACCAUGAUAUUAUAUUUGGUGAGGACUAGACAUUAUUGUGAACCUGAAAAAAAAAAAAAAAUUGUAAUAGUUAUAAGUAUUUAUAAUUUAUGUUAGGUAGCAUUAAAUGAUUGUGUGGAAUUAUUAUUGAGUAAUUACUAUAUAUCCAUAUUAUACACUAUCUUGCGGACAUGUCUGUAUAAUAGUAAUUAAUAUGUUUGAUAUACACAUUCAAAUGUUGCUCACAUGUUAUAGAUAUAUAUACGUAUUAUACACGUGAUGAUAAAAAAUUUGUGACUUAAAAAUAAUAGGAAUCUCACGAGAUUUGUAUAAAAAUAUAUACAAUUUUUCUAAAACGAACUUCUCAUCAGAUCGUAAAUAAUACAUUUAUAUAUCUACCAGUACGUGUGUGUGUGUGUUCGUAGUUGAUGGUUUUUGUUCCUGAAGCGAUAUUAUUUAAACUCAAAAUUCUUGUUAGUUACGUAUACAUAGAAAACUAACUUGUAUAAUAAUCAAGCAAAUAUUUCUGUACCUAUUAAGCUUGUAAAUAUUCAGUUCUUAUUUUGUAUGGCUUUACUAUAUAUUCGCACCUCAGUAUAUUUUAGUUUAAACUUUACAGUUUAAGUCAUGAAUAUAAAUUCUAUAAUAUGUAAGUAGGUAAUGAAAAUAACAGUUUUUAUAUUACUAUAUUUGCAAGUCGAUUAGACUUUUUUUCGAAUUUCUUAUUUGUUGGAUAUUUAAUUAAUCCAAUUUGAUAAGCACGUAAAUAAAUAGUCUUUAUAGAUAACUUUGUAAAUGUAUAUUAUACCUAUACAUCAAAUCUAUGCUUAUGGUAAUACUAUAAUAGAUUUGGUUUAGAUGAAAUAGCAUAAUAUUGCACGUUGUUAAUGAGCAAAAAUGUUUUGUUAGCAUAUUAAAUACCUAUUAUUUUUAAUUUUUUUUAUUUACACCUAGUUAUUGUUGCAAAAUAAAUUGCUAGUAUAAUAUUGUGAAGUGUAAAUCACAAUUUUAACAUUAUCAUUUAAAAAAAAGUAUACUUCGUGUAAAUUUUUUUUCAAUUUGGUUAUUCGAGUUUGAUCAAAUGUAAUUUUUAAAGUGUUUUGUUAGAUUUUGGGUGAAAUAAAUAAUUGUAUUGGGCCUAUAAA